CUGGGUCUGCGCGUAGGGCGUCGGUAGACUGUGCUACACAAAUCCUCUUUCCUGAUCCGGGAGGCGGCAGUAAGAGUGCGAGCACCGGCGAGAUCGACUAUGCGUUGACGUGGUGUGAUUGGGGGCGAAGGUUUCAGUCAGUGCUGGCCGUUGUGUUGCAGGGAGAGGUUGGAGAGGGAUUGAUUGAUGGGUUGACUGAGGAGAGAAUGUUGAGGUCAAGAUGGUUCAUGUAGUUGUUCCGAGGAUGUCCACGGUGGUAGUCGAUGGUGUAGGAGGAGAUAUGGAAAAGGUCCGAGGCAGGCGGAAGAAGGGUCAUGUGUUGGUUGAUCAAAUUGCUGAGAUCACUGGGAGACCGAAGCGGAGCAAACUGGCGUCGGAUGUAAGCCGCUAUGGCACGGAGACUGUGCCAAUCACUGAUGUGCUCAAGGUUAACCGGACCACUCUCAAGGAUGCCCAGUUAGCACUGGAAAUAUUGAAAAAUGCGGGGAAAAGUUACUCUCUUGAGAAACGUUUUCGUAGUCCACUUGAUGGGAAGGGAUCGGGGGGUACUUUAGCAGACGCCGUUGAAAUUGAUGACGAUGACGAGGUGCAGAUUACUAGUUUUGUCCCGAGGCCCCCUCUCCCUGCGGAAAAAGAAACGAACAAUGACAGAGAGAGCGGCAAGCUUAUUCAGGAGAACACUCUCGAUGAGGAGGACAUAUUGGGGCAUCAGAUACUCCUUAAAGAAGUGGAUAUUCCUGUAGUUGGCAUCGAGGACGUUCAAACCGCAAAAGACAGCCCUAUGGUCACCAGUGACAGCGAUGACAACUCUCUCAUGAAGACUUUGAACACAUUGAAGUCUGUAAGACGUGCAGCCACAAGUGCUCUCAAAAAAAUCGAGGGUGGCAAGGGAGCAAGUGCUGAAGAGAAACAGGCUCCUGCAAGAGGUGGAAAGGGUGGUGGAGUUAAAGAAGCUAAUGAAGAGGAGGAUUAUUUGAAGGAGCAGGUGUUUGGCUCUCCGAAGAGAAAAGAAUCUAGAGCUGUGGUUUUUGCGGAGUCCUACGGUAGGGGGCCUGAUUAUGAGGUCGAAAAUGAUAGUGACAGUGACAGAGAGGUGACUCCGCCGUCUGGGGAUACUUUGGACGGCAUUUGGGAGGACAUUGCUGUCAUGAGAACGCAGAUGGGAAAGGGCGAGGUUAACGUGGAGGAAGUGACAGAAUCCUGUGAACAUGUCUACGAGGUCAAGAAUGACGUGGGCAGAGCUUGUUCUCAAUGUGGAUUGAUCAAGGUCGACAUCAAGGACAUGACGUUUAUGUGGCGCAGACCGUGUUCUGUGCGGAAGGCCUUUGUCAGAGGAGAACGACUUGAUAACUGGAAUGACAGUGGCGACGGCGUCCUGGAGGAAGACGUCAGGUUGGUUGGAAUGGCUCAGCUAGAAGCGCAUCCUUCAUUAGAGAAUGCGAUGCACCCACAUCAGCUGGAAGGUUUCAAGUUCCUGUCCAGAAAUCUUGUGGAGGAGGAUUCAGGUGGCUGCAUGUUGGCAUUUGCACCUGGCACAGGAAAGUCUUUUCUCAUCAUCAGUUUCAUACAAAGCUUCAUGGUCCAGGUUCCAAAUGCUAGACCCAUGAUCGUCGCUCCCAAGAGUAUGCUUCGGCCAUGGAUGCAGGAAUUCAAAAAGUGGGAGGUUGAGGAAAUGCUGGUGCUAAACCUGUAUGAAGCGGAUGACCAUGUGAAGAUGCUGAAGCAAUGGAUGGCAACCCCUAGCGUGUUGUUAGUAGGGUACUCGCAGUUCAUCAACCCGAGCGGUGAAGUUGGCAAGUAUUUGACGGAAGGUCCUGGUAUGAUAGUAAUGGACGAGGGACAUCUUGCAAGGACAGAGGAGACGAAGAUUCUGAAGUCUCUAACCAGAGUGCACACGAGACGUAGGGUGCUUCUCUCUGGUACCCCAUUCAACAACAACUUCGAGGAGUUUUACACGACUCUGGAGUUGGUCAGGCCCAACUUCAUGAGUAGAGCGAACGCCCAGAUGUUUCCAACUUUGAAUACUUUCCAACAGAUCGUGGACACCAAGAUGAACUCCAAGCAACCUGUACUAGACGGCCAGCUGCUCAAGAGGUCCACCAACGCUGGAAGGAAGGCGUUCCAGGAUGUGAUUGGGGAGAAGUUCGAGAGUGGCAAGUACUCCAAUAUUGCCAAGGCUCUGCAGCAGCUGAGAGUACUCAUCGAGCCCUUCGUGGCUUGGCACAAAGGCCAAAUAUUGAACUCUCUUCCAGGCAUCACUGACCUUACGAUUAUGCUUGAACUGACCGCUCAGCAGCUGGAACUUGUGAGAAAAAACAAACAGAAUGAGGUCCGGGACAGUUUACAAAAGAGAGCUGCGGCUAUCUACGUCCAUCCCAUUCUAGAGCCAGUAGCAGAUGGUGUCAAACGAAGUCAGAGGGAUCCUCGUUUGAAGGGGGAUGUGGAUGUCAAGGCGGGUGCAAAGUUGAGGUGGGUACUUGACAUGGUGCAGCAGUGUAAUGAUGCAAAAGAAAAGCUUCUUAUUUUUAGCGAGUAUCUCUAUUCCUUGGCGUUGAUCGAAAACAUGGCUGUACAGAGGAUGAAGUGGUCCAAAGGCUUACAGAUACUUAGGCUAGAUGGAUCACUGCCACCACAGGAAAGAGAAAGAGUUCAACACAAGUUCAACACUGAUCCAGAGGUGAGAGUGUUGUGUGCCUCCAUCAAGGCGUGUGGAGAGGGCAUAUCACUUGUUGGGGCUUCCAGAGUGAUCUUAUUAGAGGUCCUUUGGAACCCCUCAGUCCCGAGGCAGGCUAUUAGCAGAGCGUUCCGAAUCGGCCAGCAGAGGAAAGUGGUGGUGUACCGCUUGAUUGCUGCAGGUACAUACGAGGAGAUGAACAUGCACGCCGCCGCCACACGGAAAGAGUGGCUAUCAAGGUUGCUAUUUGAUCCUACGAUCCCAUGUGAUGAUCCAAACAGCAUUCUGUGGGACGUCACAAAAGAUUGCAGUGACUCAUUUCUUGCUUAUAAACAGAGCAAACUUCGGGAGGGAGUUCGCAGCAUAUAUCAACGAGAAUUUUAGGAUAAUUUCUAUCAGCGUACGUUCGUCAAAUAAUGACCAAUUGUAGAUACUUUUUGGAUAUAGGAACCAUAUAUUGUCGGGUCAUGAACCAUUCUGAUAA